AGACGAUCUACGUAAUAGUCCGUAGUAAGUGCGUGGAAGAAAAGCUUCUCCCACUGGCUGCCAUGAGCGAGACACUCGGCGACACUUUCCGUACCCGUGACCGAUUGCCGUGUCCGGAAUAGUCGAGGAUUCGGCGUCAUCGCAGCCCGCUUGCUCUCGUUUAUGGUUACAUUUGUGCCCCUUGUAAAACGUAGCUGCUGGCCUUUUGAGGCUAGCUGGCUAGUUGACUGACGGACUCGGCGGCCAGCUGGUCGGACAGCGCAGCGGUACACUAACGUUAGCAAACAAGCUAAUUAGCCACAAAGACUCAACCUGGAUUACCGUCUUGACGAUCAAAUAGCGCUCGGGUGUUUAACGAUCACGCUUACGCGGCAACAUGAAGAUAACUGUGGAUUUCGAGGAAUGUUUGAAGGACUCCCCUCGGUUCAGAGCCACCAUAGAGGAAGUGGAGGGGGAUGUGUGCGAGUUGGAAUCGAAGCUCGACAAACUGGUGAAGUUGUGCAUUGGGAUGAUAGAUGCUGGGAAAGCUUACAAUGCUGCCAACAAACAGUUUGUCAACGGGAUCCGGGAGCUCGCUUUGCAAUCUACCAAAGAUGAAGUCAUCGAGUCCAGUCUUUCAAAGUUUGCAGAAAGCCUUCAGGAAAUGAUCAACUAUCACACGAUACUGUUCGAUCAGGCCCAGAGAUCAAUCAAGACCCAGCUUCAAACAUUUGUUAAAGAUGACCUGCGCAAGUUUAAAGAAGCCAAGAAGCAAUUUGACAAAGUGAGUGAAGAAAAGGAUGCAGCGCUGAUCAAAAAUGCUCAGGCUCCCCGCAACAAGCAGCACGAAGUGGAAGAGGCUACCAACAUCCUCACUGCCACGCGCAAAUGCUUCCGACACAUCGUGCUCGACUAUGUUUUACAGAUAAAUGUGCUGCAGUCCAAACGAAGAUCAGAAAUCCUAAAAUCUAUGCUGUCCUUCAUGUAUGCCCACCUGACCUUUUUUCACCAAGGUUAUGACCUCUUCAGUGAGUUACAGCCACUAAUGAAACAUCUCGGAGGACAGUUGGACCAGCUGGUUGUGGAUGCUGCCAAAGAGAAGCGGGACAUGGAGCAAAAACACUCCACCAUCCAGCAAAAGGCUGCUUUACAGGAGGUGACGGCGUUCAACUCAGACCACCGAAACUUUUGUGCUUGGAGGUCAUCCUCCGACUUCUCAACCGACGACACCAAGUUGGAAUACAAUGUGGAUGCAGAAAAUGGCAUUGCCAUGGAAGGUUAUCUUUUUAAGAGGGCUAGCAAUGCCUUCAAGACAUGGAAUAGACGGUGGUUCUCCAUUCAAAACAAUCAGCUGGUUUACCAGAAGAAAUUCAAGGACAACCCGACGGUGGUGGUGGAAGACCUGAGGCUAUGCACAGUCAAACACUGUGAAGACUUAGAGCGACGCUUCUGUUUCGAGGUGGUCUCACCCACCAAGAGCUGCAUGAUGCAAGCAGACUCCGAGAAGCUGCGACAGGCGUGGAUCAAAGCGGUCCACAAUAGCAUCGCCACUGCCUUUCGUGACAAGGGAGAUGAUAAUGAGAAGCUGGACAGCAAGACUUCCACGUCAACGGGGGGAAGCUUAGACUCUGGUGGGGAGCCCAAGGAGAAAUCACUAAAAGGGGAAAGUGCCCUGCAGAAAGUCAUCGCCAUCCCGGGCAACGCUUGUUGCUGUGACUGCGGCCAGCCAGAUCCACGCUGGGCCAGCAUCAAUCUAGGCAUCACUCUUUGUAUCCAGUGCUCUGGAAUUCACAGGAGUCUGGGAGUUCAUUUCUCAAAGGUCCGGUCACUGACUUUGGAUUCGUGGGAGCCGGAACUGCUUAAACUAAUGUGUGAACUUGGAAAUGGAGUUAUCAACCAGAUAUAUGAGGCGCGGCGAGAGGAACUGGGAGCAAGAAAACCACAGCCAGGAGACCCAAGACACGAAGUCGAGGCCUACAUCAAGGCCAAGUACGUGGAUCGCAGGUUUGUGCGCAGGCCAUCUGACGAGGAACUUCGGUGCAAGGUGGUGUCCCUCAGCAAACAGGAGAAGAGACUUAGCAGCAGCUCCGAGCACCUGCCACCGAGACCGCCGCCACCCACCCCCAAACUCCGACCUGGUUCGAACACUUCGGGACAAUCAGCUGCUGCCGGUGGCUCGGAGGCCCGGCGGGACUCUCUCUUCUGUCCUGACGAGCUCCAUUCACUCUUCUCCUACUUUGACAACUCCUCCAAGCUCAGGAGCAUCAAAAGUGCAGACAGUGGAAUCCAGCAUAGUGCUGAUGGCAGCAGGGAGAUGCUGGCCACCACUCCCUCUAGUGGUAGUUUGGCAGAUGGAGAUGUUGCUGAGACUCCACCCAUACCCAUGGCAGCCACCACCAUCACCUUGCCUCCACCAUCACCUUGUAAGGAGACGGUGUUCUACGAGCCCAAGGAGUACAGUUCGGGUCUUCAGCUCUACUGGGCUUCGUGCGCCUGCAGUCUACCUGACAUGGCUGAGGCGCUGGCCCAUGGAGCUCAAGUUAACUGGGUCAACAUGGAAGACGACAAGAAAACACCGCUCAUCAUGGCCGUGCGGGGGGGCUCAUUGGUGACCUGCGAGUUUCUGCUGCAAAACGCGGCUAAUGUGAAUCAGCAGGAUGCUCAAGGUCGAGGACCUCUGCACCAUGCCACCAUGCUGGGACGCACAGGGCAAGUGUGUUUAUUCUUGAAAAGAGGAGCCAAUCAGAAUGCUGCAGACAUUGAGGAGAAAACACCGCUGGCCAUGGCUGUGGAAGCAGCCAAUGCAGACAUUGUUACAUUGCUGCGGCUGGCCAAGAUGAACGAGGAGAUGCGCGAGGCCGAGGGACCCUACAGCCAGUCAGGAGAUGAAACCUACCAGGACAUCUUCCAGGACUUCACCCACAUGGCCUCCAACGACCCGGAGAAGCUGAACCGCUACCAGCACUAUGACCCGCAGAGACCUUGAUUAUGAUCCCCCCCUGUCCCCCCGAGCUCAAUGUUUGAUAUCCAAUUGGACUUGGCGAUGCCUGCUUGUAAAAAAAGGCUACGCGUUAAAGUGAAGGACCAAUGUUGGGCGACAACUUUAAAGUCAAGCAAGUAAAAGCGUACCGCAUGUUGUUGAAGCCAGUUCAGCUCCCUCGCGUCACCUGUUUUCUUAUUCGAGACCUUAGUUGGACCUUUUUAUCAAUCUUUUACUUUAAUUUGCACAAAUCUAUGUCUUACAUGACCACCAGUAUUUACCUCAAGGUAAGACGUGUGUGUAUGUACAGUCUUAUAUGUGUAUGUCAUCAUGUUAUAGAUGAAUUUAUUGACAUAUUUUUCUGUAGUGGUGAAUGCCAGUGUUUGCUGAUGAAAAUAGCGUCCAGCUUGACAUGAUUGUUCAUUUUAAACACUUGUAAAGAACCUUAAUUACAGUUUAUGCACAUCCUCUUUGUUUUUAGUCAGUUAAUGUCAUUUAUUUUAUGAUUGUCAAAAUUUCCAUUCGAAUUGCAACAGAAUUUUCUGUACUUUUAUCAUUGUGGUGAGUUGUCCACACAUUUGAUUCGUUUUGAACACUUUUAACUGAAGGUUUUGUAAUGCAAUGUGAAGUCUGACUAGAAAAAUAGAAAAAAAAUCUCCAUGUGUGGCAGCAUAGUAUUGAAACAAAAGUCAUCUUCAUCUUCUUUUGUGCAAGUCUCCUGUGUAUGUUGUGUUCAAUGUUCUUUCACUUCAUGUAAAAUGCAAAGAUAAGUUGGGAUAAAAAACAAAUAUGUAUACUGUACAUAAACAUUGAAAUUGUUGACUGGUACUUGAAUGACAUUUUUGUAUAUUCUCUCUACCAUUUACUCUUGUAGUCCUUUUUAUAUUGUCCAUGUGUGGCACUGUAUUAUUAGUCUUAUUAUCGCUGAAAUUCAAUACACACAAACUGAUGAGUCAA